AGGACUACUUUAUGAACCAAUGUGAACACCUCAGUAGCCCUUACAGUAUGUGUUCAACAAUUCAUGUCACAUUUGACUGUUCCAGUAAUUUUAGGACCCCUGUAAGAUAGCAAUGAAUAAAGGUACGUUUAUUUAUAUUGCAUGAAGUAAGCCUAGCUACAGUUACAGUUUACAUGACCAACCAAACUUGUUUGACCUGUUUGACCACGUUCCAUGAGGAAAGACUAGAGCUCACCUGGUUGUGAAAGCCAAGGUUCACUGUUGUUACACUGUGCGGCUCACCUGGGACCAGACUUUAUUUCGGAGAGGCAUAUUAUUAUUAUUAUUUUCGGGCCAUUCAUCAUUCAUGUGUGCGUUCAAAAUGUAUUUUGUCGUACUUUUGUUCCUUUUUGCAAAACCUUCAACGGUGGACAGUGUUGAGAAAUGGUCGCUAAAUUACAUCUACACUGCCCUGUCAAAGCCAGUAGAAUUGCCUGGUAUCCAUGAGUUCACUGCCAUGGGUCUGAUGAAUGACAAUCAGAUUGACUACUAUGACAGUGUGGCAAAGAAGAAGAUUCCCAAACAGGACUGGAUGAGGGAGAAGCUGCCAGCAGACUACUGGGAAAAAGGCACUCAGUCACGCAAGAGCAAGGAGCAGUGGUUCAAAGUUAACGUCAACAUCCUGAUGGACCGCAUGAAGCACAACAACACUGAUGUCCAUAUCCUUCAGUGGAAGCAUGGCUGUGAGAUUGACCGACAGAGUGACGGCACAUUGAAAUUCAUAAAGGGCACUGACCAAUACAGCUACGAUGGUGACGACUUCCUGGCCUUUGAUGAUGCCUCUAUGCAGUGGGUGGCCCCAGUUGAUCAAGCUCUGCCGACUAAGAGGAAGUGGGACGGGGUGCAGAUCCUCAACCAGUACACCAAAGGCUACCUGGAGAAGGAGUGUGUGGACUGGCUGUCUAAAUUCAUGGAAUAUGAGGAGAAAGAUUUCAGUAGGGAUGAUUCCGCUCCAAAGGUAUAUGCAUUUGCUAAAAAGUCCCAAAUUGCAGGACAUGUCCGACUGACCUGCAUGGCCACAGGGUUCUAUCCCAAAGAUGUGGAUAUGCAUAUUAAGAAGAAUGGGGUCCAAUUGACCAAACAUGAUGGAGUGCUGUCUACAGAAGUCCUACCCAAUGAUGAUGACACCUACCAGAUCAGGAUGAGUGUGCAGAUCCCAGAAGCUGACACAGCCGGUUAUGAAUGCUAUGUCAACCACAGAGCAUUGAAGGAGCCCAUUGUGGAAGAAUGGGAUGGAAAAUGCUGUGAUUGUUCCCAAGAAACAGGUGUUAUCAUUGGUGCAUUUGUUGUGGUGGUCCUCCUGUUGAUCUUGGUUGCCUCACCGUUUGUUCUUUGGAAAAGACGCAAAAUAUGGGCUGGUAAAAAAGGAGCUCAACCACCUACUGGGAUCCAGUCACCUCUAAAUGGCCUCCCAAUCUCAUCCUCAAAAGUAAAAAUAUGUUGUUUUUGAGUGUACUAUUAUGUAUCUGAGCACUUAAAGGAUUUGGUGCCUCCAGCCAUACCACCCUGUAUCCAACUAGGCUACUUGCACAUGUCCACUGACAGUAUAAACCAUAUAUUAACUAACAUUCCAACAUACUUUUACAAAUAUCAGCAUCAUGAGACUACAUGGACAUGUAAUUCUAACUGUACCAUUACUAUUUAUUAUUUAGGUGUAAUUCUUAGUUAUCUAAAUGACUGUCACUAGCAUUCCUACUGUUAGUGCAGCUAUAGCCUUAGUAUAAAAAGCAAGCACCAUUCCCAUGAUGACUUUCUCUCUCUAUUCUCUCAGCCAUUGGGGAGUGAGUGACAACGCAUCCAAAUCUAGCAAAGAAUGUGUGAUUCUGUUUUGUUAAUCAACAAAUACUGUCAAUCUGGAUGUGUUCAUUCCCAAGCAUUGACCAUUUUGAUCAGAUCGGUUUGGAUAUGAAUACUUAUUAAUGAACAUUUUGAUCUUUUGAAUAUCAUAAUAGAUUCCUUGUGAGAAUAAAAUGUGCCAAAUAAUUUUUCAACAAAUUGAUUUGUAAAUCGCCUAUAUGUUGGACAUUUUAAUAUAUUGGUAUUGGAACCUUAUUCUAUUUCUAUUGUAGAUUGUUUAUUUUAAACUAGAAACCAAUCAUUUAAAUCAUUGCACACACAUGCACUGAAAUGCUUUUAAAUAUGU